CCCACAGCAGGCCCGAUCGGGGCUCCAAGGGUUUGAAUCAUGCUGUCCAAUUUUGUCAAUCCCCAUUCUGUGUAUCUUUUUUCUUUUUCCCUUUUUCUGACUCUUUUUUCUUCUUCUUUCCCUUUGCUGAUUAGGUUCGAGGUGGAAGGAGAGGACUAUCCAAGCACUGCUUUUUCUUUUCUUGUCCUUCAUUUAAAAACCUUGUUUAUUCCUAUUCUCCAUUUCCUUUCCGCCAAAUCGCUAUCCUUCUUUUUUUUCUUCUGUCCACAAUGAACCAUCACCAAGACGUCCACCCAAUUCUUCCUACAGCGGAGUCUCAGCGUUCCACAAGACCCAGCGCCUUGUCCAAGUCGACUUCAUCUAUGGUCGAUGCUAGCAAAGCCUUGGAUGAUCCGAUCAAGAAACGGCCAUUCAUGACAAAGUUUGCCACGAUCCACACGGACCGAUAUCCUCAAAACCUUCGGCGAGAUUUUCCACUCAAUCAGUUUGAGGGGAAUCUCACCGUGGAAAAGGCUCAUUUCGAACCACAACCAUUGACCAAUCCUACCAAAGAGCCCAUGGUGGCUCCAGUUCAAGCCUUACCCUCUCAACCUUAUCCUUUCUCCGCAUCCCAGCAACCGACCCAACCAUCCCAAUUCCACGAUUCCGAUCUGUCUCAUACCCUAUCAACCACCGGUCAUCGUGGUGCCGGAUCGCCUCCAUCUCACGAAUACCAUCCAUCCUCUUCUCCUCCUCGUCACGCUUACACCGCUCCACCCUCUAUUGUGGGUAUCACUCCUCCUCCUCCACCUCCUCCUUCUCACACACCGUCUUCAGGUGCGGUGCCAAAAACACGAAACUCCGUCAAACCCAAAAAUGAAGUAAUUCGACUCUUUCCAUUACGCAAUGCCACAAACAAACCACUCGAAUCAUUCAUAUUUAUUCAUUCAUUCAAUGUGUAGGAAAAAUCAGACAAGAAUACGAAUCGAAUCAACAAGAAACGCCGACGUGCUGCUCCUUCGUACGGCGUGGCAACACCCUCCGAGGUGUUUCACCGAAAUCUCGUUGAUGCAGUUUCCAACGUCGAAG